AUGAGUCAACAAUCAAGACGACGCCAUCCUGAAAACUACAUGGUUAUUUGGGUUGAUGGAAAUAUGGAUAUGACCAAUAAAGAUUGCCAAAAUACAAUGGAGCAAUUGCGUGGUGUCGUCAACCAAGUCAACCUAUGUACAACAGCUGAAGAAUGUAUUCAACAGCUAAAUAAAAAUCCUGAAGAGAUAUCAUUUGUUAUCUCCUCAGGUGCACUUGGACAACAUCUUGUACCAAGUAUCCAUGGCAUGGCAAAAUUAAAUGCCAUAUACAUAUGUUGUGACAACAAACAAGAGCAUGAAAUAUGGACAAAAAGUUGGGCAAAAAUCAAAGGCGUCCACACAACAAUCAAACAUAUUUGUGAAAAAUUGGCCAUAGCAAUCAAACAAUGCAAUCAAGAUCAUAUGCCGGUCUCAUCGGCUCCAUUCGCCUCCAUUCGAGAGGAAAGUUACUUCAAGGAUGAAGAAGAAAUUCUCUUCUCCAUGCACACCGUCUUUCGCAUUGGUGAAGUGCGUAAAAUUGACAACAAUCGUGCACUUUAUCAAGUCGAUCUUAAACUUACGUCAGAUGAUGAUCCACAACUUCGUGAAUUAACUGACUUUAUACGAGAAGAGGUCAGCGGCACUGGAUGGCGUCGAAUGGGUCGAUUGUUACUCAAAAUAGCUCUGCCUUCGAAUCAUCCUGAUUUGGCUGAAAGUCACUUGAAUUUUGCAGCAUGUUACGAAAAAAUGGGUGAUUACACAACAACUCUUAAAGUCCUUAAAAAUGCUUAUCAAAUUCAGCAAAAAGCUUUUAAAGAAGGUAAUCCAGCUUUUGCUUCAACAUACAGUAGGUUUGGAAGAGUUUAUCGCAAUAUGAAAGAUUAUUCAAAGUCACUUGAUUACUUUCAAAAAUGCCUCACAAUAUUUCAACGAACAUUACCAGAAAGACAUCCCAAUCAAGCUAUCACAUACAGUAAUAUUGGUGAUGUUCAUCGAUUAAUGGGUGAUUAUGAGCAGGCAAUUUCAUUUCAUCAAAAAGCAUUAAAUAUUCAAGAAAGUGUUCAAUGUAAUCCUCUCGAAUGUGCAACGACAUAUAUAAAUUUAGGUGAAACUUAUCGUCAAAUGAAAGAUUAUACAACAGCAUUGACAUAUUAUGAAAAAGGAUUAGAAAUACGUGAAAAGAAACUACCAAAAAGUCAUCCUGAUUUAGCUGUUGUAUAUCAUAGUUUGGCAAAAUUAUAUUUAUCUACUCGACAAUAUAAUAUGGCAAUGAAAAAUGUUCAACAAGCCGUAGAAAUUGCUCAAGAAAAAUUAUCUUCAAAUCAUCCUCAUAUAUUGGAAUAUAAAGAAUCAUUUGAAAAAAUUCGAAAGAAAAUGUAA